AUGCGACCCCUCGUCCUGCUGUGGGGCUGCCUCGUGCUCCCAGGUUAUGAAGCCCUGGUGGGCCCGAAGGAGAUCAGCGGCAUUGAAGGUGACACCGUGUCCCUGCAGUGCACCUACGGGGAAGAGCUGAAGAAGUAUAGGAAAUACUGGUGCAGGGAGAGCGGGUUCUUGAUCUCCCGCUGCUCUGGGACUAUCUACUCUGGAGAAUACGGCCAGGAAGGCAGGGUGUCCGUCCACGACAACCCCCAGCAGCUCAGGUUGGAGGUCAUCCUGAGGAACCUCACCCUGAAGGACGUGGGGCAGUACUGGUGUGGGGUCAAAAGAGUGGGCUUCGAUAAGACUUUCUCGGUUUCUUUGCUCGUCUUUCCAGGGGCGGAGGCCUCUCCAUUCACAGGGACCUCCCCAUCCACGCAUGCAGCAACCUCUCCGUAUGCAGGGACCUCUCCAUAUGCAAGGACCUCUCCGUAUGCAGCAACCCUUCCAAAUGCAGGGACCUCUCCUCACCCAGCAACCUCUCCUCCUGCAGGGAUCUCCCGCCAAGCCACACGGCUGGACUCUACCUCAACAGAGGACACCAUCAGAAGCAGCUCCAAGCCCAGGGUGUCCAUCCCGAUGACCCGCAUGUUGGCCCCAGUCCUGGUGCUGCUGGCCCUUCUGCUGGCCACAGGCCUGGCCGCCCUUGGCAGCUACGCGCUCCAGUGGAGGAAGAAAGCUGAACUGACCACGGAGACACAGAAGAAGGAGAAGGUCCAUCUCUCCCACUUGCCACUGGGGAAGAGCGGGGUCCCAGAGUAUGCUGUGAUUGACCUUGCAGGGCCCACUGGGCCUCCUGCCAGCCCCAAUGUGGAGAUCCGGUGCCUGAGCCAGACUUCAAAGGAAGACGAAGCCUCGUGGCAGACCCCUGAGGGAGACAUGACCCCAGGCCCUCCCCUCCCCGUGUCUGGGGACGAGCCCGACUUUUCUAAGUUCAUCUCAGUCUAG